AUGGCAGACAAUAAAACUCCUGCAACAAAUGCAAAAGGCGAAUUCAUUCGCAGCGUAUCAAGUUUUCGUAAUUGGAUCAAAGAUGAUCCUUCAGCUGAAUAUCCAGCAGAAAAAAAUCGCUAUCAUUUAUAUGUUGCAUUAGCAUGCCCUUGGGCUCAUCGAACACUUACUUUACUAAAAUUAAAAGGUCUUGGCCAUGUUAUAUCAUAUUCAGUUGUUGAUAGUUUACUUGAAAUGGGAAAAGGUUGUGGCUGGGCAUUUGGAGAAAAAUAUCCUGAUCCACAUCAUCCAACAUUUACUCAUCUUAAAGAUGUUUACAAAUUAAAUGAGUCAGAUUAUAAUGGGCGUGUUACUGUACCUGUUCUCUUCGAUCUUAAAAGUCAAAAAAUAGUUAAUAAUGAAUCAUCAGAAAUUAUUCGCAUGCUCAAUUCUGAAUUUAAUAAAUUUGCUCGUCAUCCAAAUUUAGAUCUUUAUCCUGAAUCACUUCGUUCACGUAUUGAUGAACUUAAUGAACAAGUUUAUUCGAAAUUAAAUAAUGGUGUAUAUCGAGCUGGUUUUGCUAAAUCUCAAGAAGCAUAUAAUACUGCAUUUGAAGAUAUUUUUUCAAUGUUAGAUAUACUUGAAAAUAUUCUUUCAAAACAACGUUAUCUUAUUGAUAAUAAUCAACUAACUGAAGCUGAUGUACGUGCAUGGACAACAUUAUUAAGAUUUGAUCCUGUUUAUUUUACACAUUUUAAAUGUAAUAAAAAAAUGAUUUCAAAAGAUUAUCCAAAUUUAUAUGGAUUUGUACGUGAAAUAUAUCAAAUGGAUGGAGUAAAAGAAACAGUUAAUUUAGAUGAAAUUAAAAGACAUUAUUAUGCAUCACAUUUAAUGAUUAAUCCAACAGGAAUUAUUCCACUUGGACCUGAAAUUAAUUAUGAUUUACCGCAUGAAAGAGAUCGAUUUAAAUAA